CCUUAACCCCUAAACCCAAAGCCUCGUUCAGCAGCGAAACACCCCAAAAACAACGCAUAGACUACGGACGCUUCUGCCUCCAUGUUUCCUUUAUAGGGGCCACCAUGAAAGCUCUAAGAUCUCUGAGAAUACUCAGGACUGUCUCUUCCACUCCACACAACAAUCUCUGUGCCCUUAAGCCUUCCUUCCUGCGCAGGUUUUACUCUGCUGAACCAGAGCAAGAGGAGGUGACGCAACCGACAACCUACCCGGAGUCGGAAAAUGAUCCAGAUUCAGUUUUCGAUAGUUCCCAUUACGAAAUUCCCAAUAUUUCAGACACCGAUGCUCACGCCCAGCAGCAGCAGCAACCCAUCUGGGACCGAAAGUACAGGGCCAGAGCUGAUGAAUUGAUCUUUGGAAAGGAAAUCACUCAGGGCAAUUUGAGAUUCGAGGAGGAGGAGGAUGAUGAGAACAGGAGGAGAGUGUUGGCCAAAGCUUUACUUGAGGCAUCACUGGAGAAAGGGGAUAGCGAGGAUGAGGAUGAAAGUGUGGUGAAGGAGGAGGACCAGAAAUCUUUGGCCGUUGGAAUAAUCGGUGCUCCCAAUGCUGGGAAGUCUGCACUGACUAAUUAUAUGGCUGGUACAAAGGUAGCAGCUGUUUCGCGGAAGACAAACACCACCACUCAUGAAGUGGUCGGAGCGAUGACGAAAGGAGAAACCCAAAUUUGUUUUUUUGAUACACCAGGGCUCUCGUUAACUUGUAAAGGAUAUCCUCAUAGGGAUGUCAAGAGUCGUGUUGAAAGUGCUUGGAGCUCAAUCAAUCUCUAUGAUGUGCUUCUGGUUGUUUUUGAUGUCCAUAGGCAUCUUACUAGACCUGAUGCAAGGGUGAUACAAUUGAUUAAACGUAUGGGAGCUCGAAUCCACCCCAAUCAGAAACGAGUUUUAUGUAUGAACAAGAUUGAUUUAGUGAAGAAAAAGAAAGACUUGAUGAAGGUUUCAGAAGAAUUCGAACAUCUUCCUGGAUAUGAAAGGUUUUUCAUGAUAUCAGGACUGAAGGGGUAUGGGGUAAAAGAUCUGUCACAGUACUUGAUGGAACAGGCAGUUCAACGACCAUGGGAAGAAGAUCCAUUUGUGAUGAGUGAAGAAGUUAUGAAGAUGAUAGCCAUGGAGGUUGUGCGUGAAAGAUUGCUGGACCAUGUACAUCAGGAAAUUCCAUAUGAAAUCGAACAUCGUUUGAUAGAUUGGAAGGAAUUACGAGAUGGUUCUCUUAGAGUUGAGCAACAUUUCAUCACGAGCAAACUAAGCCAACGCAAGAUUCUCGUGGGAAAGAAUGGUUCCAAAAUUGGGAGGAUUGGGAUUGAAGCUAAUGAAGAGCUGAGGUCCAUUUUCAAGAAGCAAGUGCAUUUAAUUCUGCAGGUUAGGCUUAAACAGUGACAAAAGAAAAAGUCGAUUUGAUGUUUCAGAGUGCAGCUUCCCCGCCACACCAUGAUGGAGUAUACAAACUGCCAACGCGUGUCUGAAUCUGACCUAACGCCAUUCUUGAUACCAGUGAUCAUAGAGAACAUCAUCAUGGCUAUGGAGAACAGGGUAAGAAAUGGGCACCGCAAAUGGUGAUCUUGAAGCCAAAGCUUCCAGCUUUUAGCAAGAUUCAUUUGGUUAUAAUUGUAAGCGUGAAUGAAUGUUUACAAAUAGACGACCAUAUCUUGUUUCAUCAUUUUCGAAUGUCAACGUCACACAUAUCUUGUGUACAGCAAUUUUGAUGAUGAAUUCCAUCUCUCCUUUUUCUAA